CCCGCAUCAGAUUCGGCAUUAAAUUACACUACUGACCGCUGGCGUUGUCUCAGUGCCAGUGGCUGUGAUCUGCUGCCGCUGCCGCUGGUACAGUGUCGGUGAGAGUCGCUGCUCACCAAGAGGAGAUGACCUUUUGAGAUUCCAAAUCUCUUUAAUCAUCGGCUUUCGGCCGCUUGAGGUUUGGGCACCCAUUUUAGGAGGAGGUCGAUCCAUGGAUUGCAGGAAAGGGCGACGAGAAUAUACGUCUGCGGCAGCAAUGGCAGCGCUCCUGUGCUGCUUUCUCAUCGCCUUUUUCUCUGUUUCUUCUCUUUCGAGCAGUGCUCGUGCAGAUCUUGGAAAUCCAACUAGAAUUCCUCGAGUCCAGGGAGAUGCGGAACGAGGUCGUGAGCUGAGUGAAAUCUGCGGUAGGCCGGGAUCGUACCCUCCGCUGUGCGCGGCCAAGUGCGGAGAGUGCACGCCGUGCAACCCGGUGCACGAGGCGGUGCGGCCGGGGCAGCCGGCGGUCGAGGAGUAUUACCCGGAGGCAUGGCGGUGCAAGUGCGGCAACAAACUUUACAUGCCCUGACCGGCGCCGCCACCGCCCAAUCCAAUUAUUCCAGAAAUCCUUUUCACUAUGUUAACUUGAGCAGUCGUCGGUCGGUGCGAUGGCUGAGGCAGACUACGCCAAGUCAGUCGUAUUGGGCGGUGGAACUAACCAUGCACACUUGUCUGGAUUACGGGAGACUCGCCUCGGGGUCUGUCUCCUUUCAUCCCAUGUCUUGUCAAAGGCGCUUCUUAGACAAAAUGUUCUCCUAAACACGCAAACAGCGAAUCCAAUCUUGCUUGUACUGUACAUGCUGAGCCCUGUUUUCUCCCAAGUUUGGCUCGAUCAUAAAACCGUUUGCAUGGAUGACGGUUGAAGGCAGCUGCUUUUGGUGACAUUAAAUGAGUCUCCUUUUGACCCAUUGACGAAUGUGACUGCAUCUUCAGACAAAUCUCCAUUAUUUGCUUUGACAAACACUUAGUUUUCUGACUCCCAACAGUAUGAGGUCUUCCAUUAUUACAGUGCAUGUUACGUGAAGAAAAGGAUA